CUCUCUCUCUCUCUCUCUCUCUCUCUCUCUCUCUCUCUCUCUUUCUACUCUCCCUCUCUCUACUCUAUCAACUCUCUCUCUCUGAGCUAGGAACAGCGAAAGCAAGAUUGUUGGCUGUUUGUCGACUUGGUCUCUCCCACUCUCCCCCCUCUCUCUCUCUUUACUCUCUCUCUCUCUCUCUCUCUCUCUCUCUCUCUACUCUAUCAACUCUCUCUCUCUGAGCUUGGAACAGCGAAAGCAAGAUUGUUGGCUGUUUGUCGACUUGGUCUCUCCCACUCUCCCCCGAACUCGCUCUCUCUCCCUCCUCCUCUCUCACUCUCUCUCCCUCCUCCUCUCUCUCCCUCGGGUGGAUGAGGGGUGGCUCCAUCGUGACAGGAAGCCAGGGCUGGCGAUGAGACCUGAGCGCUGACUGGAGUAUGCUGCAGACGAUUUACGAGGGCGAGUCGAGUUUCUCCACCACAGAGCGACACCUCGGACACCAGCGGCUCUUUGGCCACACCAAGAUGCACAACGUGAACAGCACAGGUGGUGUUAUGAAGAAGAAUCAGCCACUGAAUGCACUCUUCCUCCUCCCCCUCCAGCCUCUUGCCUUUUAAGGAGGUUUUAAUUUCCCCCCCUCCAGUUUGUUUAAAAAAUUGGACAUUAAGCCAGAGGUGGCCCUCGAAGUGGAUCCCGUCUCCCCGCUAGACCUGCGCAAGGAGCUGAGGAUGCUGGGCCCGGGGUCGGACCCCAGUAUGUGGGAACGGCAGCUGCAGCAGGAGCUGCUACUCAUCCAGAAGCAACAGCAGAUCCAGAAGCAGCUCCUCAUCAGUGAGUUCCAGAAGCAGCACGAGAACCUGAGCCGCCAGCACCAGGCACAGCUCCAGGAGCACCUUAAGCUCCAGCAGGAGCUCCAGGCCAUGAAGCAGCAGCAGGAGCUGGUGGAGAAGGAGCGACGUCUGGAACAGCAGCAGAUGCAGCAGCAGCAGCAGCAGCAGCAGCAGCAGCAGCAGCAGCAGCAGCAGCAGCAGCAGAGCCAGCAGCAGCAGAGCCAGCAGCAGCAGAGCCAGCAGGAGCGCGAGCAGGAGAGACUCCGUCGAGAGCAGCACCUCUCCAGCCUCAGCCUCCGGGGGAAGGAGCGCUCCAGAGAAAGCCUCAAAGGUGCGGUUGCCAGUACGGAAGUCAAGCAAAAGUUGCAGGAGUUUCUGCUGAGCAAAUCAGCGAAGGAUCCCAUCUGCAGCGGGGCCACUCACUCCCUGAUCCACCAUCCGAAGCUCUGGUACACGACUUCCCAUCACACAUCCUUGGACCAAAGUUGCUCCCCGCUGGGCGGGGCAUCUCCGACGUGCCAGUACACCCUCCCCUCCCCCAUGGACAGCAAGGACGACUUCCCCUUGAGGAAGACUGCCUCGGAGCCCAACCUGAAGGUGCGGUCCAGGCUGAAGCAGAAGGUGGCUGAGCGGAGGAGCAGUCCCAUGCUGAAGAGGAGGGAUGGCAACAUCAUAACUCCUUACAAGAAGAGGGCUCUGGAGCUCAUGGAUUCUACUCCCACUAACAGCGCCCCUGGUUCUGGCCCCAGCUCCCCUAUAGGGGCCUCUAGUGCACUGGGGGCUGAGAAUGGACCCUCCUCUCUGCCCACCACCACAAAAACUGAGCGUUGGCCCUCACAGCCCAGAUUGUUCCGUCCUGAGGGUACCAUGUCCGUGAUGAGCCUGUACACGUCUCCAUCCUUACCCAACAUCACCCUGGGACUGUCGUCCUCCCCCUUCAGCGAUGCCAUUGAGCUGAAGGAAUCGUCAGCAGAUAUCAGGCACGGGCUGCCCCACGGCCAGCUGAUGGGUCCAGUCCCCCUGCCGACCGGCCUGGAGGCCAAGGUCAGCCCCAGCCACCAGGCGCUGCUCCAGCACCUCCUGCAGAAGGAGCAGAUGAGGCAACAGAAGAUCCUGUCUUCUGCCCAGAGUCUGGUGUCGGCCCACCCUUUAUCUCCGCUGGCCAUGAAGGAGCGCCAGUCUACCACCAGUCGACCCAAGUUACCCAAGCACCGGCCCCUGAACCGCACCCAGUCAGCCCCCCUGCCCCAGAACACGCUGGCCCAGCUGGUCAUCCAGCAGCAGCACCAGCACUUCCUGGAGAAGCAGAAGCAGUACCAGCACCAGAUCCACAUAAAUAAGCUUCUGUCCAAGUCCAUCGAGCAGCUACGUCAGCCCAACGCACACCUGCAGGAGUCCGAGGAGGAUGAGGAGGGCCACAUCAGAGAGCAUAGCCUCGGCAUGCUCCAGGAGGAAAGGGUGCCCUCUGGAGGCGUCAUCCGGAAGCACACGCUGAGGGGCUGCAGCAGCGACGGCGGCUCCACCGGAGAGCUGGCCGACCCCCCUUGCCACCAUGGGGGGGUCGUCAGGGUGAAGGAGGAGCCGGCCGACAGUGAGGACGAAGCACUGAGCAGCGAGCGCUUGGAGGCAGAGCAGAGCGCCUAUCUGCACCAGCUCAAGGGGAGACUGGUGAUAAGGGCCAUGAUCUGAGGAAGGCCCCCACCCACCUGCCUCCACUCUCCCCAGGAGGUUCACAUACUGUAACAUUCGCAGAUUAACAUGUAGACAGCCAUGUGAAGUAUACAUAGAAGCGCAUGUGUGCACAUACACACACACACACACACACAAUCACACAUACACACAUGCACACACAUGCAGAUACCAACGUAUAUACAGUCCACACACACACAAACACACAAACACACACACACACACACACACACACACAUACACCACACACAUUAUCUUUUACCCUGACUAGGCCAAUUCACUCCCUGAAACCCACAAGUUGUGAUCCCUUUUCACUUAAACUGCAGCCUGGCCCUAGACACUUGGACUGUGUGUUUGUGAAAUUUGUGUAGUUGGCUCUGUAAAGUAGGUUGUUAAGUUGUGUAUAUAUUAUGAAGAUUGAACCCUUUCUUUUUAAGAGUUUUUUUGGAAGUCUCAAGUCGGAUUUCAAAAUAAAUUGUAUGUAUAUGCUGUGGAUUUAGCAUCAAAGAUUAUUUUAGAGCUAACUUCAAUGUGUACAGCUUUAGCAAAAUUAUGUUCCAAUUGUUAUCAUUUUAAUUUUAUUCAUAAAAUAUUCAGAAUCUGUUUUAUCCACUUUAACAUUGACGAUUAUCAUAUUGUCCUGCAAUGUUGUCUUAGGAAAUGAAAAACUAAAAUCGCAUUCUCAAUUUGCUGGUCUCAGUUCUGGAAAUGACAAACAAAUCUCCAAACGAAUAUGUGGCCGCGUGAGAAUGUAUACUUAAAUCCUUAUGAAAAGGACUUCUGACAGACUUUGCACUAGCAUUAAUAUUGCAUAUUAUUGACUACAGUCCACUGCACAUAAAGCAGUUAGAAGGAUAAAAACACUAAAUCUGCCCUUGGGUUUGCAGGAAUUUCCAGCAGAUCUUAAGUAGAAGCCCCAUAGCCUGGGUUGUGUUGCGCCAAGCUCUCCUCCCUGCUGGGCUCGUACCCAGCUUCAGGGGAGAGAGAGAGUGAGAGAGUGAGAGUGUGACAGUGUGACAGUGAGAGAGAGAGAGAGAGAGAGAGAGAGAGAGAGAGAGAGAGAGAGAGAGAGAGAGAGAGAGAGAGAGAGAGAGAGAGGGGGAGAUUUUCAUGUGUGCAGGAAUGUAGAGAACUGGUGUUGGAGGAGUACGAGGGGCCAGGCCUGUGAUUGAUUUACUGUCAAGCAGGCUGAUUGCAAAGUGAGAAGGGAACUUGUUAAGGGAGCCCUUUUUUUAAUAGAUAAUCACUAGCGCCGUAUUCCUGUUGAAAUGCUUACCUCCACUAAGAAGGUUUGAUGUUACCUCAAGAAAAAUAACCCCGAAGAGACCUUUUUCCUUAGUUUUAUUUUUUUUCAUUUGUCAAAGACAAUCCUUCUGUUUGAAAGUGCCCACUACAGCGUGUAUAGUCUGUAUUACAGAAAAGUGCUCAAACAAAUGUAUUGUAAACUUGUAAACCUUGUUUUAUUUCUGACAGUCUACUCAAAAUCACUUGUUACGGGGUGCUGUAUUUGGAUUAAUUUGGAAAGACAACGCUGCCUGUCUUUAUACUGUGUGUUACGACUGUCCGGUUUCAAUGUUUUAGUGUAAGUAUCGCCACGAUCACAACAAUGUGUGUCUUGUUCUCUUGCCGUUUUGAUUUGGUCAAAGAACCCUACUCGCCACCAGUGGUGUGUGUGUGUGUGUGUGUGUGUGUGUGUGUGUGUGUGUGUGUGUGUGUGUGUGUGAGUGAGUGACUGUUUUUGGUAGGGUGCUUGGUCGUGGCCCUGUUCUUUGUUAAAGCUAUUUGCAUUUCUUCUCUUUUUCUGCCUUGUGUGAGAAACAUUUUUUUUUUUUAAUAAAGUUCAUUCCCCUACAUGAAA